AUGGUGGCCCAAUCGUGGAAAUGGAUGGUGCUCGCGGCCACUAUUUGGAUACAGGCCUUCACGGGGACUAACCUCGACUUUUCGGCCUACUCUUUCGAGCUCAAGUCGGUUUUGGGGGUUUCGCAGGUCCAGCUCAACUAUCUCGCCACCGCCUCCGACCUCGGCAAGGCCUUGGGCGGGUCGGCAGGUCUUGCCGUCAUGUGGAUGCCGCUUUGGGCGGUAUUGUUCGCUGCCGCGGCGAUGUGGCUCGUCGGCUACGGCGUGCAAUGGCUCGUCGUUGCUAAAGUGAUUAUGUUGUCGUAUUCGGUGGUAUUUAUACUUUGCUUAUUAGCUGGUUGCAGCAUCUGCUGGUUCAACACAGUCUGCUUUGUUCUCUGCAUCAAGAAUUUCCCCUCUGCAAUGUCGUUCGCGCUCUCCCUCACCGUCACCUUCAAUGGUGUAAGCGCUGCUCUAUACCACCUCGAAGUGAAGUCCAUCGAUCGUUCCUCAUCAGCUGUGUACCUCCUUCUCAACGCCUUGAUCCCCCUCUUCAUAUCCGCCGUGGCUCUGUUCCUCGGGCUAAAUGUGCUAGCUUUCUUCACAGGCUAUUUUAUUUUUUAA